UUGUCCUACCAAAUCGGAGGCGGGCCUCGGGAACCACUUGGCGAGCGGGUUCGACAAUGCAUCAUGUUGAUACGGUGAGCAGAGGCAACCGUGCGUGCCAGCGUGCGAUGGAUCGACAAAACAGACGCGGAUUUUCGAAAACAUAAGUCGGCGAGGGCAUCGCCGUUUUUUUGCUGGUGUGAGAGUCCCGUUUCUCCCACAUCUCUUCACCCUUCCGCCCACCUAGCUACACGGACACGUCGAUUCCUCCAACGCAUCCAUCCCAUCAUGUCCACCAGAUCUUCCAUUUACGACCCGGGCGACCCCAGCCAGCCGCUGCUCUCACAGCAACGACGGCGCACCAGCACCUUCAACUUCCACCUGCCGUCGUUCAGCAGCCACCGCCGCGUGUCGCCUCUGUCGGUGCGGCGCGCCUCGCUUCAAGAGGUGCACCCGCACCACGACGACGUCGAGCCGGUGUUGCCGGCCGCGCCCGUCGCCGCUCACCAGGAGACGCGCUUGCACAAGCCCCAGUGGGCGCUGAGCGACCGACCGCCCAACACAUGGGCUCAAAUCCGUCACACGUGGCGCGAGGAGUUUGCCGAGUUCUGGGGCACGUUCAUGAUCCUGCUCUUCGGCGCGGGCGUCGAGUGCGAGACGCGGCUGCACUACAGAGGGCCCGACAUCCGCGAGAACGCCGGCGACUUCCUGCAGUGCCGGCUCGCGUGGGCGGCCGGAGUGUCGAUGGCCGUGUGGAUGUCCGGCGGCGUGUCGGGCGGCCACUGCAACCCGACCGUGACCGUGGUGCUGGCCCUGUUCCGCGGCUUCCCCUGGCGCAAAGUGCCGGGCUUCCUCGCCGCGCAGGUGCUGGGCGCCGCCCUCGCUAGCCUUGCCGUCUACCUCAACUACGCCACCAGUAUCGCCGCGUACGAGGGCGGCGCCGCCCGCUCCUUGGUCGGCGAGCACGCUACCGCCGGCCUGUUCUUCACGUUCCCCGCCGCGGGGCUGCCCUACGCCGGCGCCUUCUAUACCGAGUUCCUGGCCUCGGCCGCGUUGGUCGCCAUCGUCUUCGCCCUGGCCGACAAGAACAACCUGGCGCCGCCCAAGGGCACCCAGCCCUUCGCCAUGUUCCUGGCCCUGCUGGCCAUCGGCUCCGCCCUAGGCAUCAAUACGGGCUACGCCAUGAACGGCGCCCGCGACACUGGCCCGCGCAUCGCGUUGGCUCUCGUCGGCUACGGCUCCGACGUCUUCACCCACGAUUACUACUACUGGUUCUGGGCGCCGUGGGUCGCCGCCAUAGCCGGUGGCGUGGCGGGCGCUUGUGUGUACGAUGCUUUCAUCUACACCGGGAGGGAUUCGCCCUUCAACAUGCCGAGGAAAGAGGACGAGCGGGGCUUGUAAGCUGGGUAACGU